AUGUCAAAAAGAGGAAAAGAAGUGCAUCUGAUUUCCGAUAUUCUACAGAUAAUAUUUACGACGUUAAACUGCAAAGAUUUAUUUUCUGUAAUUCUCGUGAAUCGUACUUGGUGUCGUAUCGGAAUUCCAAUACUUUGGAAAGCACCGUUCGGUUAUCGGCGCACCGGAUAUAAGAAAUAUGCAAUCCGUACAUACUUAUUAUCUAUUAGCGAACCGUCACUUAACUAUUUGAAGGUGAUUCCGUAUUUGCCAAGAAACUCCAUCUUGCCAAAGGCUUCAGAGGAAUUUGAGGGAUCGUAUGUUAAUUUGGGGAUUAUGAGAAAGCCUUUGUUCGAUUACAUUUCGUAUUGCUUGAUGUUUGACUAUGGUGGAAUGAUUAGUGCAAGUGUAGAUUAUUGCGAAACACUGAAUUCACUUUCUAAAAGAAAAACUGCUAAGAUUAUAAUGAAAAUUUUGUUGGAAAUGUUCAAAGCUCGUGGUCAUCAGUUCAAAAUAAUGAGAGUGAAAUGUAGUAACGAUAUUUCUUUUUGGUCAUCUCUUGAAUAUGCAUCCUUAUUUUCAGAGAUUGACACGCUUAAAUUGGCUGGAAAAGAUAUUCAUAGAAGAGACGUUUUGACUGCGUUGAUUUUAUUAUGCCAAAAAAUCAAACAUUUGAAAAUCAGUAUAAACUUUAGUCCUGAUACACUUAUUGCACUCAUACGCGUCCAAACCAAUCUUGCCACAAUCAAGAUUUUCGGCUCGCUUGGGACUCAACAAAAAUCAUUAUUGUCAGCGCUUUGCACACAGAAGAAUACAAUUACCUCGAUACAAUUUUCUUAUUUCCCUUUUGAAGAUUUUACGGAUUGGUCCAUCUUUCAACAAUUCGCUCAAUUGAAACUUUUGAGAAUAACAAAUUUCACGGUAUUUCCUGAUACAGAUGAAAUAGAUACAAUCAAUGAUAUCGUGGGUGCUAAAUGCAUGAUAACAACUACUUCAACGUUUGGUGCUUAUGGUAGUAUGCCUGGUUGUACGCUUGUUUGGAAAUUUGAUUCAAUGAUCGGUCCUCUCUAA